GGGAGCGCGCGAGCGGACAGGCGGGCUAGUAGCGUCUCCACCAGCAUCUGCCGCGGCCGCAUUUGCCCGAAGCCCGGAGACGGACCGACGGACAGAUCGUUUGGCGGACGGGCUUGGGCGCUCUCCUUGUGCUCGGGGCCACCUUCAGCGAAGCUAGGGGUUUGCAGCGCGCGCUUCCCCGCCCGCUCGCAGCCACUCCGGCUCCGGCGGCCUCGGCGCGCGAGGGACUGGAGGUGCGGGAGCCGCUCUCCGCCGGUCGGUCCCUGCGCUGCUCAGCCCGGGCCGCCGCGCCGCGGCAGCGAGCGGCCUCUCUGAGCCCCCCGCUCCCCUCCGGCCCGCUCUGAGCAACGGUGCUCCGGGGCUCCAAACUCGGGCUGCCGGGGCAAGUGUCUUCAUGAACCCAGAGGAUGUCCGGAAGCAUUACAAGGGUCCUGAAGUCAGUUGUUGCAUCAAAUAUUUCAUAUUUGGCUUCAAUGUCAUAUUUUGGUUUUUGGGAAUAGCAUUUCUUGGAAUCGGACUGUGGGCGUGGAAUGAAAAAGGAGUCCUGUCCAACAUCUCGUCCAUCACUGACCUCGGCGGCUUUGACCCGGUUUGGCUCUUCCUCGUGGUGGGAGGAGUGAUGUUCAUUCUGGGAUUCGCAGGGUGCAUCGGAGCUCUGCGGGAGAACACCUUCCUUCUCAAGUUUUUUUCUGUGUUCCUGGGAAUUAUUUUCUUCCUGGAGCUCACUGCUGGGGUUCUGGCAUUUGUUUUCAAAGACUGGAUCAAAGACCAGCUGUAUUUCUUUAUAAACAACAACAUCAGAGCAUACAGGGAUGACAUUGAUUUGCAAAACCUCAUAGACUUCACCCAGGAAUAUUGGCAGUGCUGUGGGGCUUUUGGAGCUGAUGAUUGGAACCUAAAUAUUUACUUCAAUUGCACAGAUUCCAAUGCAAGCCGAGAGCGAUGCGGCGUGCCCUUCUCCUGCUGUACUAAAGACCCCGCAGAAGAUGUCAUCAACACUCAGUGUGGCUAUGAUGCCAGGCAAAAACCAGAAGUUGACCAGCAGAUUGUCAUCUACACGAAAGGCUGUGUGCCCCAGUUUGAGAAGUGGUUGCAGGACAACUUAACCAUCGUGGCUGGUAUUUUCAUAGGCAUUGCCCUGCUACAGAUUUUUGGGAUAUGUCUGGCCCAGAAUCUGGUGAGUGAUAUUGAAGCUGUCAGGGCUAGCUGGUAGAGCGCCUGCAACAGCUGCUUCAAGACACUGGACAGACCCAGCCUUCCUGACCCUCCAGUGUGCCCAACUGAUACCCAUGCUGCACAGAGCCUAAUCACACAGGCAUCCUUCAAUCCCACCUGAUGGAGCUGCCAAGAACUGGGGCGGGGGGGAGGUUUGGGGGGGCGGGGGAAGCUGGGAAAUGCUGCUCACUGACAGAAUUAAACAGAUCAACAAAAUAA